AUGGAAAAACAAAAUCACUCUGUAGUGACUGAAUUUAUUUUGCUGGGACUCACAGAGUUUCAUGAGUUACAGAUUUUAUUUUUUUUAUUUUUUUCUAUUAUUUACAUAGCCAUUUUAUUAAGUAACCUCAUUAUUAUCUUGGUAGUGAAAUUGGACCCUCAAUUACAGUCUCCAAUGUACUUCCUACUGGUCAACCUGUCCUUUAUUGAUAUGUCUCUGGCUUCCUUUGCUACUCCUAAAAUGAUUGGUGACUUAAUUAGUGAAAAUAAGGCCAUUUCUUACGAAGAAUGCAUGGCCCAGAUUUUUUUCCUUCACCUUUUAGGUGGAAGUGAGAUGAUGUUGCUUGUAGCCAUGGCAAUUGAUAGAUUAAUUGCCAUUUGCAAACCCCUUCAUUACAAAAAUAUUAUGAGCCACCGUAUUUGCAUCAGACUUGCACUUUUCUCCUGGACUACUGGGUUUGUGCACUCUGUUAGCCAAAUGGUUUUUAUAGUGACUUUACCAUUCUGUGGCCCCAAUGUUGUGGAUAAUUUUUUUUGUGACCUGCCUCAGGUGAUCAAACUUGCCUGCACUGACACCUAUAUCUUAGACCUAUUAGUCAUUGCAUUUAGUGGACUACUUUCUUUGUUCUGUUUCAUAUUUCUGUUCAUUUCCUAUAGCAUCAUCCUGAUAACUGUCCAUCAUCACUCCUCCAGUGGAUAUUCCAAGGCCAUGUCCACUCUUGCAGCCCACAUCACAGUGGUGGUACUAUUCUUUGGACCUUGCCUCUUUAUCUAUAUAUGGCCAUUCAGCCAUGUUUUCAUAGAUAAGAUCGUCUCUGUGUUUUAUACAAUUUUUACUCCCCUUUUAAAUCCAUUCAUUUACUCAUUUAGGAAUAAAGACAUUAAGAAAGCAAUGAUAAAAAUAAAGACCAAGAAUGUGAGUUCCAGAUCAGCCUUUUAA